UGCGGCCCCUUGAGUAUGCCCGGUCGGUGGACGCUUGGACCUACUGGAACAAGGCGGGCGGGGGGUAGAAUACUGGGGCGGAGCGACACAUUGUCGCGGUGUGUCAAUCGGUGUUGCGCACAGAGGUCCUGUAGUUCCGAAAAUCGGCCGGGAGGGAACCAGGAUUUGUAUGCGCAGAAGGAGGGACUGUUUUCGUUUGACCCGCUCUCGCCCCCGUCCCAGAGGUCCUUCGGUACCAGGGGCCCGUCUGCCUCCACAGGAGCAACCAUGAGGGCCGGCUGCCUGCUUCUGCUGUCCGUGCCCGUUCUACUCUUUGCACAACAGCUUGACGUUACAGAGGAUUACGGCCCCCAACAGCCCAUUUCCUGGGAGAAUUAUGUUUCUGAAAUUCAAUUUCCUGAUAUUCCUGAGCUGGACUCUUCUUCCCAACAGCAAGUCAUUUUAGAACCCGAAGUCGGCCCUUCUCCUACGGAGAUGGAGUUUCAGACGGAACCAACUGAGCCCGGACCCUUUGAUUGUCGAGAGGAGCAGUACCCCUGUACUAGACUUUACUCUGUCCAUAAGCCCUGCAGACAAUGCCUGAAGAGUCUUUGCUUCUACAGCCUACGCAGGGUGUACGUGGUGAACAAGGAGGUGUGUGUGAGAACGGUGUGUGCACACGAGGAACUGCUUAGAGCUGACCUGUGUCGUGACCAGUUCUCCCGGUGUGGCGUGGUCGCCUUGACUGGCCAGUGCGGCAUUAUGGGUAGGAGCUGCCUGAAGAGCUGCAGAAGCUGUUAAAAGGCUGCCGGAGGUAGAGAGAGAGAGAGACAGAUGAGCUUGGAUACUUCCGGAAACUCCAGCAUCAAAACCCGCUUCCUUAACCCCCCCACCUCUGCAAUUCUACUCCCCUCAACUGAGACCCCCCCCCCCAUAUAUCUCCAUCUUGUUUCUCUCCACUUCUCCACCUUCCACCCACAAAUCUAUAGAAAUACAAAUAUAUAUAUAUAUAUAUAUUACUUUCAUGCCUUAAAAAUGUAUAUUUUAGUGACAGCAUGUCACUGACAUUAAGCAGCAGUCGUUCAGAUCCACAUGAACUGCUGUAUUUAAUCUUAGCUGUUUUGAUAAUGGAAAUGUACUGUAUGAAUGGAUUUAUCUUCAUGCUGUAUUUUUUUUUUUUUUUACUAACCUGUCAUUCUGAAGCCAAUGCAAUGGUGAAAAAUGAGUCCCAUGCUGGUUUCUCUAAAGCCACUGCACUUCAUCAAUGAUUACCAUCAAACUGAAGCCAGGAAAGCCACAUGCACUGGGGCUGGUAUAGCCAAGCAGUCAAGAGUUAAGACCUGGAUAAACCUGUACAGCCAUCAGCCAGUGUAAACAUUUGCAAAAAUACUGCACAAUGUAGUAAAGAAUAGAAUAUUGAUAAUAUAUUUUAUUGAGCCAGAAUCUUUUAUCUCAUGUUAUGCUAUGUUUACAAACACAUCCCUUUGUAAAUAUUUUAUAACUUAUCAGCAGAGAACUGUUGAGCUUAAAUCACAAUAGCAGAGAUGGAGACUGAGCUCUCAAUGCUAGGAAUAAGGCCCUGGACAUGUGGUCAGUAUAUGAAUCUUCUGUGCUGGCUUGCACAGAUUUAUCCUUUUUUGAGGCUUACGAUGAUCUGGCUCAGUGCUUUGCUCUGUACAGAAUGACAGUGAAUAAAUUUCAGAGGCUAUAAAUACUUUAUGAAGAUAAACCACAAACUUACUGUAAUCUACACGAACCGUUUUGUCAGAUUCUUUUUUUUGUUUUACCACAAAUAAAGUCUUGCCAACAACAUU